AUGGUAAUCUCCCAGUCAGUCACGUUCCGUUUCAACUCGAACGUCUCGGUCAAAUGCGCACUACAAAACCUACACAUGGUGGAUCCUCAGAGGCCUGGAUAUACCGUCUUUUCCGAUGAGGCCAUCAUCUUCUUCAACUUGUUAGUCCUUAUCGCUAUCAUCGUGCUUGAGUACUUGAGGAGAGUGAGAGGACUCCUGAAUCCAGAUUCAAGAGAUAGCGAUAAUAUCACGACGCCGAUGAAGGAGCCCACAAACGAUUCUGCAAUUGAGCUUACGACCAACUCAGCCACUGAAGCCAUCACAAACCCUAUCGAUACGGGUACUAUGGAACACCGGUUUUGGCUGCACCUUGGCUUAGAAAACUUUGAAUCCAGCUUCCUCCUGGAGCUCAUAUGGAUGCUCUUCUAUUUUACAUUCGGGUUGGCGAAUCUUUGCAAGUUUCUCGUUGAUCAACAAGCCGACAUUGGAGCUAUCGAGCCUAGUUUCGGUCAGCUCGUGCCUAUCUUCUUGCUUGCUCAUCCAUUCAUAUCCGCCUCAGAAGCAUUUCCAAGGCCCAGCUUCAACCUGAACCGAUCGUCGACCCUCCAAAGACAAGACAUUUCCUCACCCUUUGCGUCAAAGGCUACGCUUCUCUGUGUUGUCUUUGUAUACGCUUCUAUCCUAGUAAUAUGGGCGUUGAUGUUUGCUGCUGUUAUUCCGGACGCGUAUCCUCUAACAGCUUUAGCUUGCCUCUAUACCGCCGUUACUCACAGGCGAAUAUACUGGAAAUAUGUUCGAAAGUUUUUCAAUGCGGUCUGGAUAUUUCUCAAGUUUCUGUGCAAUUUCACGAUGCAUUACUGGGAUUCCUGUAAGAAAAAGACGACAUAG